UCAGCUGACAACGUCGAUAAGCAACCACUUCAUCAGUCGCUAGAUUUGUUUUGCAUCGCCUGCUUGGCUUUGGCUAGUGUGUACUUAGUGUGUCCGUAGAAAACUAGUUGCAUCUACCUCGGUGAUUAGAGCUACCGUCCGACCGCCUCCGUCAUGUACUCCCGCAACACAGAAAUACGUCACAUAGCCGCUGCCGACGCUUAUCAGCUCGCACAGAUUCUCGAACACGCGAAUUCAUGGAAGAAAUUGAUGGCGAUAAUACCCAAGACCUUUUCCUCGCCGCCAGUCCGGGAUGCACCGAAAAAAUACAAUGCCGAUGAGAUUCGAUUGAUUGAAAAUGCAAGCUUGAAGCAAGGUCGAACGGGAGCGGAGAUCCUCUUUGACGAAUGGGGGACGUCCGGACGAAAACGCCCCACAGUUGGUAAUUUAUUGGAUCUUCUGGUCGAGGCUGAGUUACUUCGGGCCGCUGAUUACGUUGCAAUGAAUUUCUUGAAUGAGCCCCCGCCAGAACGUCCAGCAAACGGUCCAGCCGCCAAAAUCGAUAUAUCACUCCCAUUCGAAACGGAAGAAAUCAAAGACGUGGAUGAAAUCAUGGAAGAUAUUAGCUACCCCGGAACGAGUGUUCUCAUGAAGAACGCGAACGAUCCCAGUUCCAUGAUCAAUCAUGAUUUUUACACUAAAAUCUCUCCAGAUAAAGGAAAAGUCGAAGUGUCUGCAUCGGAUCUAAUCAAGUUUUCCAUGAGCACCGUAGAUUCUGGUGAAUUACCGAUCUUAUCAGCAAUAGGCAAAAGUUCCAGUGAUAUUCCCGACCUGAUGCAAUUGAACAGUAGACUCAACAAUACUCAAAGCAGUGCAACGACAAAUCCAGAAGCGAACAUUUUCGUGAACAACGAUGACAAUGAAGUGACUGAUAGCUGUAAUAUUCCAGUGUUGAGUGCUCUGCAAAUGCAUUCCACGAACUCUGUAAACACCACCGAAGAAAACAGUACUGAGCUGCCUGAUUUAAGUGCAUUAAAUUUACAAGUGAGCCCCAAUCGUCCUACGACACCAAACGAUACUCCAAUGACGACAACCACCGCAACUACUCCGAAUGGCGUAAGCGAAUCAGAGGACAGAGAGCAUCAUUUGAAUGUUCCAAAUGCAGCCAACGGCCUUUAUGAUAGUGACAAUAAUUUAACGCCAGACUUGAGUAUUCUGGAUCAGAGCAGCUUGGAUGAUUCGAGUUUGACGAACGUAACUGAAACCAGCGAGGAAUUAUCAUUCGAUGCACAAACACGGUUGAAUCUAAGUGAGAACAAUCUUCCGAUGCUGAGUAUUCUGCAGAAAUGACACGACAAGAAAUUUUCAGUUAGUUUUUAAGACGUUGAAAAAUGCUAAGCUAAGUUGAAUGGAAGGACGACGCCGGCCUGAGAGUACUUUGCUUGGAAAUUCAAUUAUUUAGAUUAAUGCGACGUGCUUACUAUGUGAGUGAUUACAUUGUGUUUGAAGAAAAAAUGAAUCACAUUCCAUGUCUGUUGAUAUAUUUCAAAAUUUCGUAACUUUUUCGCGAUUAUAUUUUUAUUAGAUACAAUUUGAUAGCUAUCAGUUCAGUGCCAUGGUAGAAAUAGUAAAAAUGGUCACAGUAGUUUUGCCAUCAUCGCUUGAAAGUUGCUUAUUCGGCAAAAGAUCGAAGUUGAUUUGUUAUUUUACAAUUUUGACAGUUUGGAUAUUGAGGAAUGUUUUCAAGUUAUCCAAGAGAUACAACGACUUUACAUCAUUCCCAGCCUAGCUUUAGAUUCAUGUACUCAACUAUUAGACUUUAGGCUCAAUAUAACGUUUCUAAAAAUGACAAGUUGAUUGCAAUAUUCGUACAACUGAUAAACUAACAGAAUCAAAUACAUUCUAGACUGUAAAGACGUGUACGGUUUUGUAGCAAAAUGUUUUAUACGUGUGAUAUUCAAUUGUGUACAUAAAAAAAACCUAGGGUAGUUUUAAUGAAAUGUCUUUUAUGAGAUUGUGUAGAAGAAAAAAAACCAUUAAGAUCAUGCUGAAAGCGAUUGUCUUUAACCAUUAACAUUAUGAUUGCAUUUCUCAUAUUGUAAAUUAACAGUAAAUGUUUAUAAAAUGCUCUCACGAAA